AUGGUCGUUCCCAAGUAUUGUGAUCCUAAGACUAUUUACACACCAAAGGACAUACAAACUGACAUGUUAUCCGAACAUGGACUGAACCUAAGCUACAUGAAAGCAUGGAGAGCCAAGGAAAAGGCUUUACAGUUUUUGAGAGGGAAUCCGUCUGACUCCUACAGCAAAUUACCCAAAUAUUUUUAUAUUCUUGAGGAGACUUAUCCUGGUUCUAUUGUUAAAUUGAAGAAGGCAGCAGAUUAUUACUUCUUAUACGCAUUUGUUGCUCUUUGUACAUCAAUAAGUGGUUGGCAACAUUGUAGGCCAGUAGUAGUGGUUGAUGGGACAUUCUUAAAGUCAGCCUACAGGGGGAUUAUGCUUACAGCAAGAACCAUGGAUGCAACAGGUACUAUAUUUCCCUUGGCAUAUGCUGUGGUUGAUUCUGAAAACGACGCGUCUUGGAAGUGGUUCUUUGAGCAAUUCAAGGAGGCAUAUGGUGAAAGACCUUCAAUGUGUGUUGUUUCAGAUAGGAAUGAGAGUAUACUGAAGGCAACAUCAAUUGUCUAUCCGGGCAUGCCACACUACUCUNCACGGUCAUACACUCUGGAUGAAUUUAAUGAAAGGAUGUUGAAGAUUGAAGAGGUAGACCCGCGUGUGAAAUCUUACCUAUAUGAUAUUGGCUAUCAUAGAUGGUCAAGAGUACAUGCAACGGUGAAUAGAACUUUUACUAUGACAUCAAACAUUGCCGAGUCGUUGAAUGCUGUAACAAAAGAUGCAAGAGAGCUGCCAAUAUUUGAUCUAUUAGAGUAUAUGAGGACGCUUCUUGAACGUUGGACGAAAGAGAAGUUAUUGAAGGCAAAGGGUACUUUCACAUACCUUGGGUACAAAUUCAACAAAGAAUUGGAUGACAACAAUACAUUAUCUCAGAAACUAAGGAUGAGGGCUUCAACAUAUCAUAUACAUACUAUGUUAGAUGGUGUGAAGUGGUACAUUGUGUGUCUAGAAAACAAGAAAUGUAGCUACGGACAAUUCCAACUUGAUGAACUUCCAUGUGCGCAUGCUUUGGCAGCAUUAAGGCACAGGAAUGAAACAUACGAAAACUAUGGCUCUCCGUAUUACACAAGGAAGAGCCUUCUGCUUACCUAUGAAAUGCCAGUAAAUCCUCUUCCUGAUGAAAGCAAAUGGGAUGUGCCACAACAUAUUUUGGAUGAGGUAGUAAAGCCACAUGCGAGAGAUAAAAGGCAGCCAGGGAAACCUCACAAGGAAAGAUAUAAAACAUUUGAUGAAAUAAAGUCAAAGAAGUACAAGGUGUCAUGUGAAAAUUGUGGAGGUGAAGGGCAUAACAAAAGAACUUGCAAGAAUGCGCCCAAUUUGUAG